AUGGACAUGGAAACCAACUAUGAUCCAACAUUAUUAUUACCAGAUUAUUUAAAAUUAUCCGAUAGCAACUUGACACAAAUGUUAUUAAAAUUAUCGUCAAAUAUUAUUAAUCAAGAUGCACUUAUUGAAUUAUUGAAUCAAAAAGAAAUAUUAUUAUUUAUUCGUGAACUUACACAAUUAGUCAAUAAAUUUAAUUAUUCUCAAUUACAACAUGAACAAUGGUCUUACUAUUACAAUCUUGGCAUGACAGAAGGUAUUUGGAAUGGUUCAGUCUCGAAAACAAUGGCCGAAGCUAAUUCUUUGUGUUACACAUAUGGUCGAUCGAAAAACUUAAUCAAACAACAUCUUGAGAAAUAUAAACUACAAUGUGAAAAAAAUCAAGAAGCUAUUCAUGAACAUAUGAAACGAAUACCAUUCAGUAUUGAUAUGCAAAAUAUUACAACUAUGAUAAAUAAUUUAGUACAAAAAGAUCAAUAUCAAUUACGACAUGAACUUGAUAGAAGAAAAACGAUACUCCGACUAGAUGCUGAAGAACAUCAACUCGUUGAAAAAUUUUAUCAACUAAAGCCAAGACAAACAGAGAUAACUUCAGCAAAAAUUAUAUGGAAAGCUACUAAUGAACAACAAAACAUCAUCCAUGAAAUUGUUAUAUUUAAAAAAUGGCUUGAAUUUCAUGCACAAGACUCAUCCUAUACUCUUCAGGCCAUAGAAUUACCAACUAUCUAUCAUAUAUUCAUAUCACUUCGUUUUCAGGAACAAAUAUCAUCAGUCAAACAUAUUGCUGAAAAAACAAUUGCUAAAGCCGAAGAAAUUGUACAACAUUACAACAAAAUAGUAAACUUAGAAAAAAAUAAACUACAAUCAACUAAAUCUCAUCAUAAAAAUCCUGAUUUACUCGAACAAAUCAUCCAUUCUAUAGUUCAACGUGAAAAUAAUUUACAACAACGUCGUGCAUAUGAACUUCAAGGAAAAAUUACCAAUAUAUUCAACUAUAAACGAAAUAGCCAGAUGGAUAUCCAGCCGAAUAUACCAUCUCACUUAACUGAAUAA